UUUGGCGCGGCUGCUGCGGGGGUAAGGUAGGGGCACGGCCCAUUUUGGCCAAGGGUCACACAGCAUUUACAUCAUAAUUGGGUAGUUUAAAAAUGUCUGGCCCUCUCCCUCCCCUGCACCCGCGGCUGCUGUGUGGAGACGGAGAAUGUUCUAGCGCUGGGGGCGGCUGCGGAUGAAGUCCUUGGGGGGAAAAGGAGCAGGCCAAGGGCGAUGGUGGAGUAGAGCUGCCUCGCAGAGGCAGCAUGAGCUGAGAGGGUGACGGGAAGGAAGGAGGCGCUGGACAGCAUGGAGGACUUUCUUCUCUCCAAUGGGUACCAGCUGGGCAAGACCAUUGGGGAAGGGACCUACUCAAAAGUCAAAGAAGCAUUUUCCAAAAAACACCAAAGAAAAGUGGCAAUUAAAAUUAUAGACAAGAUGGGAGGGCCAGAAGGUGAGCUGGGUUCUCUGGGGAGGAAGGGUGGGCUGUGGCGCUGGUGGUGUUGCCUCUAUAGAAGGGUCCUUCUCCCCCUCCCCUUUAAUCUGGAGCCACAGGAAGCCAGGUUUGGGCUCUGGUCAGUGGGGAACAGGAGGCUGGGAGUCCACCUUCCUCUGGAGCCCCAGGAUCAGAAGUGACCAGGGCGGGGUGGGGCGGGGGGGAGGGGGGAGAGACAGUAGAGCAGGUAGAGAGCACUCGCGUUGCAUGUGGCCAACCCAGGUUCCAUCCCCAGCAUCCUGAAAGGUCCCUAGAAGUAAUUCCUGAGCACAGAGCCAGGAGUAAGCCCUGAGCAUCACCAAGUGUGGCCCAAAAACAAAAGAAAGAAAAAAAGUGUGAGAGGGGCUGGAGCGAUGGUACAGUGGGUAGAGUUUGCCUUGCAUGCUGACGAGCAAAUGUGGGUUUGAUCCCUGGCAUCUCAUAAGGCUUCCCAAGCCCCGCCAGGAGUGAUCCUUGAGCACAACAUCAGGAGUAAGCCCUGAGCACCGCUGGGUGUGACCCCAAACAAAGAUUAGAGGUAGAAUCCUCCCCUUGCAUGUGUGGAUCUGAGUUCCAUUAAGAAGCCUUUUCUAUUCCAGAGGUCAGGGCCAGGGCUAGCAGAGCAGGGGACAGGAGCUGUGCCAAAGCAGUUAGAUGGAAAAAAAAGAUAGGGCUCAAGGAAAGAAGUGUGGGUCAAGAGGAGGGGUGGAAGGGGUUGGCUCACCUCACUAGCUUGAUCACGCCUCCUGACGUGAGUCAAUGGCAUUGUCUGAAAGUCCCCAAAGCAUUUUGAUACCCAUGAUCUCACAGGCUGCUGACCUCGAGGUGAGCAGGGAGCAGUUCCUUUGAAUAAUGCAUUAACUCCAGAAAUAAUAGAGAUGAACGUUUGCAAGGUGAAUAUCCCAGCAGGUAGACAUUUAAAAAGGGACCACGGCCCACAACCCAGACCAGGUGGGCAGAGGCAGAAGAAAGAGAAGGCAGGAGACAGGGCUGAGUAGAUGAGUGCGUCCUGGAUUUGACACCCUCUCUUUCCCCAUAUUUCCUCAGAGUUUAUCCAGAGAUUUUUGCCUCGGGAGCUCCAGAUUGUCCGUACCCUGAACCACAAGAACAUCAUUCAGGUGUAUGAGAUGCUGGAAUCUUCUGAUGGGAAAAUCUACCUGGUGAUGGAGCUGGCGGAGGGAGGGGAUGUCUUUGACUGCGUACUGAAUGGAGGGCCGCUGCCUGAGAGCCGGGCCAAGGCCCUCUUCCGUCAGAUGGUCGAGGCCAUUCGCUACUGCCAUGGCUGUGGCGUGGCCCACCGGGACCUCAAGUGCGAGAACGCCUUGUUGCAGGGCUUCAACCUGAAGCUGACUGAUUUUGGCUUCGCCAAGGUGUUGCCCAAGUCACGCAGGGAGCUGAGCCAGACCUUCUGCGGCAGCACAGCCUAUGCCGCCCCUGAGGUGCUGCAGGGGAUCCCCCACGACAGCAAGAAGGGCGACGUCUGGAGCAUGGGCGUGGUCCUAUACGUCAUGCUCUGUGCCAGCCUACCUUUUGACGACACAGACAUCCCCAAGAUGCUGUGGCAGCAGCAGAAGGGGGUGUCCUUCCCCACUCAUCUGGGCAUCUCGGCCGAAUGCCAGGACCUGCUCAAGCGGCUCCUGGAACCAGACAUGAUCCUCCGGCCUUCAAUUGAAGAAGUUAGUUGGCAUCCAUGGCUAGCAAGCACUUGAUAAACGCAAUGGCAAUUCCUCCCCAAUAAAGCAAGGGGAGAAAGCAAACCUAAGAACUCGCUUCUAAAAUGGUGAUAUAUAUUUUACACUUUAAGUUUACUUGUCCAAAAACUGAUACAUACCUUUCCUGGCCUCACUUCUCUUCCCUUAAAGAGCUCCAUGGAACCAGAGGGCCUCACUCAAGGCUCCCCUUUAUGAGGGCUGGCAAGUGAUUUCCAACAGGUGUUUAACUAAAGCUAACUAGAACCGGACCCAGGUUCAAACACAUACAGGGGGAGGAGAGGUGAGGACAGGAGAAAAAUGAUAAAGAGCAACUGGAACCACUUUUGUUGCAACUUCCUUUCCAAAUAAAAGCAGAAGCCUCUUGACUCAUUGUCUUAGUGAGAGGCCUACCGAGGUCC